UGUAAUCUUUCGAAAAUUGGAUAUUCGGGAGCUUUAGCACGAGACCAACGAGAACUGAAUACACGGAGCUCGAUAAUGAAUGCUUUUUUUUUGAUUAUCUGAUUACUAGACAAUAAUAAAGUAAGUUACAGUGAUAUUAGGUGAUACAGUUACCAAAAAUAAACGAAUAAUAGAACGAAAAACGCAAUCCCCGCCCAAGUACUCAGUCGUUCAAGUAUGAGUGAAAGAAUGUGAUUGCUCGUGCCCUAAAUCAUGAGUGCGAGAAAACCCACGCAAGAGGUGUGCCCUAAGACUCGUUGCAUGUGCGCGUGUAUGUGUAUGUGACACUUUGUUUCACAUGCAGUAUAAAUUUCCUGCACUCGUAUAAUGGCGACACUUCGAAAAAUUUACAAUGAGAUUCUCUGUGAAAAAAAUUAUAAACAAUGUAACGAACUCUUGUUACUAUAGACUCGAGAUCAACUGAGAAACAUGUGCCCAUUCAGGAUCAAAAAUGAUCACAGGCAGCGACAGAGAAUUAUACAACCACCAAUGGUCAGUUAGAGGAUAAUAAAAAGCUUCAAUGGAAGGUUCAGAUAUGCUGGGAUAAUCAACAGGAAAAGAGAACAUCGGAUACUGACAUAAUAUUGAAACGGGCAUAAGGGAGGCAAGACAAGUUCCCUUAAAGUAAUGACCGAAACCCGGCAUCACCUUCGCUCGGUCUCCGAUUUAUACGCAGCCGAUGAAAUAGAGGUGUUAUUGUUAGAAGAAAUAAGGGACUUGGAACCACCGCCCUCGGCGUAUUCCAAACCCGAGGACAUUCAGGAUUUCGAAAUCGCAGGUAGCAGGACAGGGGGGCGAAUCAGCUCUCAAUCUUCGGAGCUGGAUUCGCCUGGUGUUCAUUCGACUGUCCACUCAUGGGACUCACAUGCCAAUUACCACGGUCACUAUGGGCACGGUGAUCGAAGGCAUGGCUCUUCCGCUAAUGUACUGCCAUGGCCCGGAGGGACUCACCUCGUCCUUUACUGUGAUGUCCAGGGUCACCUCAGAACGACUCCAGGAUUCGUGAGACUUUUGCUUCUCAUUACAUCAGUAGCGUGUUUGGCUACCUUAUGCAGUUCUGGCACUGCCAAAGUCAGCUUGUUUAUGCUGCCUCUAGUCGGCCGUUUACGGUUCAUGAUUUUCGUUGCUGUGUUUUGUCUCCUAGUCACAACGCUUCUUCUCUUUCUCGACAUUUCACACAUUGUGUACAUGUUCCCGUUUAACUGGACCAAAUUGAACGUAUGGGUGUUCAGUGGCAUUGGACUAUCUUAUGUGACCGGAAGUGUCCUUCUCGUUUUUUCAAUAUGGGAAUAUUACGCUAGCGGUUGGGUUCCUCGACGAACUCGUUCUCAACUGACAGCAGCUGCGGGUCUUGGACUUUCGUGUGCCCUGCUGGCAUUUCUCCUUACGUGGAUCCAUGGUCGACAUGGUGACGUUUGCAAGGACCCAUCCAGCGACGAUCACAUUCCCAAUCAGAUUUACAAACCUGUUACCAAUUCCUCGUCCUCCGGGAUUACGUUGAAAGAAAGAAGUCCGAAGCAGUCUUGGGCUGUGCGAAAUCAACAAAAUACAAAGCGUAUCGGAGGUGGAGAUACAAGUAGCGUGUCCCAUCUGACAACAGGAAAUGGAAAAGCGAAUCAGCGCAAAAAAGAUCAUUGGGCGUCGGCCCGACAACAUUUUCUGUCCCACGACGACGAAGACGAGGACGAGGAUGGAAUAGUGAACUCGCCAAUGCAGCGGGACGAGAGCAAUGAUCUCGAGCACAAACGAGGACGAAGACGACGCGACGGUGGAGACAGUUUGAGCGGCGGUAACGGGGUAAAUAAUUCUAAAGCGCCGGGGAGCACAGCAAGUGGGGAUAAUAAUCAAUUACGUCGAGUGCCGCGAAAAUUGCCCCUUCGGACAAUCGAGAGGCCGCAACAAAAUCGGGGCGCCGAGAGUAUUUCUUCGGGCAACGAUCGAAGAAGCAGUGCCUCUAAAAAUGCGACGAAAAUUGCGCACUUACAAUCAACAGCGAACAACGACUUGCAGAUGUACUGGGAAAACGCGGUGAGAAGUGUUACCGCCUCCCAAGCGUUGUCCCGGCGUGAAAAUGCUAAAGCAACUGCCAAUGGUUUGCCGUGGGAACUCGUUGCUCGAGGCAAUAACGAGAGAGACGAAUCUGCGGACGUUAAGAUUUUACAAGCUGCUGUUUGGUCCGGACAAUGGCAAGCACCGGACGAUGUACAACCGUGCUCGAGUAAAACUGCCGAUCCGUACACCUUCGCGUAAUCCAAAUAUCACUGGAAUCACUUGUUUUUAAGCAGUCAAGUAAAUUAUUGAUUGAUGUA